AUGGGAUUAUCACUUUCUAUAUUAACAUCAGCUUGGGAAGAAAUAGUGAGACAUUCACUUUUUUGUUUAUCAUUCAACUAUAGUUUUGGUUCCAAAGAUGGUGCUAUGAUUUUGAGAGCAAGAAGCUUCAACAAAAGAGAAUCAGAUGCCACAACAAGAAACAUUUCAACUAGGUUAGAGGAUCAUAGACCAGAACAUGUGACCCUUGAAACAAAUGAAGAAAAAUUGCACCAAAAAGCUGUUCCUUUGCUUUCUUUGCCUAAAGAAGUUGUUUUCUCUUCACCAAGACCAGUUUCUGAGCUUGAUGCUGCAGCAACUAAGGUUCAGAAAGUUUAUAAGAGUUAUAGAACUAGAAGAAACCUUGCUGAUUGUGCUGUUAUUAUUGAAGAACUUUGGUGGAAAACAUUGGAUUCUGCUGCACUUGAAAGAAGUUCUGUUUCAUUUUUUGAUGAACAAAAACAAGAAACUGCAUUGUCAAGGUGGGGAAGAGCAAGAACUAGAGCAGCUAAGGUUGGAAAAGGUUUGUCUAAGAAUGAUAAAGCACAAAAAUUAGCACUUCAACAUUGGCUUGAAGCGAUUGACCCACGUCAUCGAUAUGGACACAAUUUGCAUUUAUAUUAUGAUAUUUGGUUUGCAAGCCUAAGCACUCAACCAUUUUUCUAUUGGUUGGAUGUUGGAGAUGGUAAAGAAAUAAAUCUUGAGAAAUGUCCAAGGGCUACUUUACAACGCCAGUCUAUUAAAUAUCUUGGACCAAAAGAGAGGGAAGAAUACGAAGUAAUUGUUGAAAAGGGGAAGUUGGUGUAUAGACAUGGUGGAAAAUUUGUGGAUACAGAUGAAAAGUCUAAAUGGAUAUUUGUUCUUAGCACCACUAGGGCUUUGUACGUUGGAAGGAAACAAAAGGGUGCUUUUCAACACUCUAGCUUUUUAUCUGGGGCUGCAACCACAGCUGCUGGAAGACUAGUGGCACAACAAGGUGUACUAGAGGCAAUUUGGCCUUAUAGUGGUCAUUAUCACCCAACUGAAGAGAAUUUCAAAGAAUUUGUUAGCUUUCUUGAAGAGCACAAUGUAGACCUCUCUAAUGUCAAGAGAUAUGCUAUAGAUGAUGAUGCUCCUUCAUUUAUUGGAAAUAAUGAGCCACAACAAAUUUUGGGACCUACUCAAACUUCCCAAUCAAUGUCUACCACAAAUGACACCAACAAAGGAAUCAAAAUCAAUAAAGCAACAGAGGUUAAAGACAAGAAAUUUGAGGGACCAAUAUUUGACUCUUCCAAGAGAUUAUCAUGCAAGUGGUCCACAGGAGCUGGAGCUCGUAUUGGGUGUGUGCGUGACUAUCCUGAGCACCUGCAAUCAAGGGCAUUGGAGCAAGUUAAUUUGUCUCCUAGGCCUGCUUCUGCAAGACCAUAUAAGUAUGGCCCAAUACCUUCUCCAAGACCAAGCCCAAAAGUUAGGAUCUCUCCUAGGCUUGCGUACAUGGGGUUACCUAGCCCAAGAACCACAAUAAAAGUUGCGAAUUGA